UCAGCGGCUGACCGCUGGUCAGUCGGCCAUCUCAGCGCGCCCCGGUACUACGGUCCGGUCAACCGGUCAACCAUGGCGCGUGUCGGAAGCGUCACCCUCCUGUGCGCCGCUCUCCUCUGCGUCACAGCGUCUGUCAGCGGCAGCUCGGCGCUGCUGCAGAUGUUGCCGGAGCUGCUGCCGGCAGGGCCAGUCUGUCGCCGCCAGAUGCAGCUGCCCUCGAAGACGAGCGGCGCCUUCUUGGCGCAUGUGUGUGAUAGUAAACAGCGGCUGAAUGACCUCCUCCUGGAGGCAGGGCUGCCGGAGCAGCCGGAAGCGCCCGCCGCGCCGACCCUUGUUCGGCCGGCGACUUUCACACUGGAGGACGAGCUCCCGGACCGGGUGACUGCAGAGAGCUUCGGAGAUGAGCAACCCGAGUGGGCCUAUGAGGUGGCCGCCUGGCUGGCUCCGAUGCAGCAGAGCGUCUCGAACGAGCUGUGUCGCCAGCAGAGCCGGGCCUACCUGGAGGAGCUCAACAGCGCCCGACCCUGGGCGCUCAGCAUGCAUGAUGCAUCCGGCAAGCUCCCCGACGGCUUCUUUUACGGCAACAACAACAUGCUGGGCAGCUUCGACGAGUGCCUGCGGGUGAAGGCGAAGCUGAACGACACCGUCUACCCCGGCAUAUCAGACACGUCCUUCGUGGGACAGUAUUGCCAGGCGACCAUCUCCUCGACGCUCGCUCCGGUACAGGCUUCAGAAGGACUGCAGGACGACGCUCAGGAUCUGGGGCUGGUGCCGUUCCUUCCGUUCAAAGUCAUCAACUUGGUGACGGGCAGCGUGGUCACCACUGCGCCGCUCCGAUACGGCUACUGCAUCCCAUCUUCCUGCACCAAGCAGGACGUCAUGGCCUCGCUGGACGAGUGGCUGGACAGCAGAAACGGCACCUUUCUCUACGUCAGCGACGUCCGAUGUCACACCGACGGCGAGAAGGCCACCCUGGAGACUAACGACAUCGUUGUCAUCGCACUGUUGGCGGUGUUUGGUGUGGUGGUGGUCCUCUGUACCACCCUGGAUGUGGUGGGAAUCUACGUGACCCGCGCCGCCAAGACCUCCUCCGGGGACGCUAUUGUCGGCAGGGCCGAGUCGGCCUUCGCGCCAGCCAACUGGCAGAUCGUCCACGCCUUCUCGCUGCGCUAUAACGGCAAAAGGUUGCUGUCGACCCGGACUGGCUCUGACAACCUCGGCUGUAUCCACGGCAUGAGGUUCCUUUCGCUGACGUGGGUGGUGGCAGGUCAUAAUUACAUUUUCGCCCUCGGAGGCGGUGCAUGGAAUAACACGGCCUACAUUCUCGAGAUAAUCAAGGCGCCGGCGAUAGAGGUACUGAUGAACGGCCUGCUCUCCGUCGAUACCUUUUUCUGUCUGGGCGGCAUCAUGGUGGCCUACACAUUCAUGAAGACUGUGGCGGCCAAGGGCGGCCGGGUGGGCUUGAUGGACGUACCCAUGAUGUACCUGCACCGCUAUCUCAGGCUGACUCCCGUGUACGCCGUUGUGGUAGCGAUAACAGCCACGAUAAUCCGUCGGAUCGGCACCGGGCCUGGCCUGGGAAUGGUGAUGGAAAACCUGGCCGUGCAGUGUCAGAUCAGCUGGUGGAGGAACCUGCUCUACAUCAACAACUACUUCAACUAUGAGGAGCUGUGCGUUGGCCAGUCCUGGUACCUCCCGGUCGACUUCCAGCUGUUCUUGUUGUCUCCGUUCAUGAUCAUUCCGUUCGUGUACAACAAAAAGAUAGGCGCCGUCUGGCUUGGCCUGCUCACAGCAGCGUCUGUGGCCAUCCCUGCCACUGUCAUCUACCAAAAGGACCUGCCGCCCACCACCAUGUUCUUUAACGCCAUGGCCGCAGCAAAAACGGAGGACAUGUUUACGGACUUUUACGUCGUUCCGUGGUGUCGUGCAUCCCCCUAUAUCAUUGGAAUCAUCACUGGGCUGAUCCUUCACCACAUCAAGACGAACAAAGUUGCCAUCACCAUUCCCAAGGCGGUGAACCUAGCCACGUGGACGGUGAUGGCGGCUAUGGCGCUGACCAUCGUGUACAGCACCCACCAGUGGAAUAAGGACCCGCAGGCCACCUACACCAUGGCCGAGGCGGUGUCUUACGGCUCGCUGCACCGGCUCGGCUGGGCCAUCGCCAUCUCGUGGGUGGUGUUCGCCUGCGUCACCGGUUACGGCGGUUUUGUCGACACCCUGCUCUCGUACAAGGCGUUCAUCCCGCUGGGCCGGCUCUCGUACACCACGUACCUGGUGGCCGUGCAGGUGCAGUGCUGGUACUUUGCCUCGUACCGGAUACCGUCCGCCUUCGGCAAUACCAUCAUGGUAUAUUCAUUUCUGACUAAUCUUCUCAUCUCGAUGGUACUAGCCACGGUGUUGUCACUCUGCUUCGAGUCGCCAAUGAUGACCAUCGAAAAAAUCAUCUUCCCAAAAAGACAGAGCAAGCCUAAUACGAAGAAGGGAAUCGACAAUCCGGGUCUACAAGACACACCCUUAGAAGCUUCGACCAGAUUCUAGGCAGGAGUUUCAAGCAGCAUUGCCUAACAGGCAUACAUACGUCUACUUGCAUAUAAAUCACAAUUUCAUUUACUUUUUCAAGUCGAUUGUAGCUGGUCAAUAUGAAUGAUGUGUUAGCUAAAUGUAAAGAAGAAAUAUGCAGUGCGUGUUUAAACUGUUUCCAUACUGUGUGUGCCCAUCACUUUUGCCACAAUUGCUUUUUUUAACUUUAAUAGGAACCAAAAGCCUUUUGUCGGUGACUAGGGCCUUGGGUGACAGUUUCGGGCAGCAAACUACAUAAUGGACAUUGUAAUCCAAGAUGUACAGUCACAGAUGAUGAUCUGUAUCUACCUUCUUUUUAACGUACACUGUUAUCACUUGUGCACAGCAAGUUGCAAUGUUAAUCAGAAAUGGGAUGAACGAUUCGCUGCCACUCUUUCGUUAUAAAUUGUCGAGUCAACACUAUAGGUACAAUGUUCAUUGUUAAAGUGAUUUCGUAACUAUCCGAUGACGAUAGAAAACAUGCUUCCAUCGUCCAUUGAACGUAUGAAAUAUCUGGUUGCAUGUGUGAUAUCUGAAUAGCAGCGUGGUCUUGGACUCUUGAUUGAUGACUGUGGCAAUAAAUAAUAUUAUUGAUGAACAAGUUUCAGCACUGUUGUGAGACGCAUUUCCUCCGAGUUCCGACAAGACAACGUUUUCUGUUUAGGAUGCCCUUGAAUGUUCGCUGAUAAAUUUCAUCGCAUGCCGAUCACGGCAGCAGAGUUUACGAUCUAUUUUAAAUUUUACCAUAUCAAGAGGUUACGCUUGAAAUGAGUUGUACGUACGCGACAGGGUCAUAAGAAAGGUCAAAAUCGGAAAAAUUAGAUAAUAUCCCGAUAGAAAUAGGGAUGGGGCCUCCGGCUUCGGGACUGUGGCAAGCUGACAUGUCUUUCAGCGCUGACCAUUCCAUCUGGCAGAAAACACAAUGACGUGGAAGUGCUUUGAACUACAAUCUAAACAAUGCGUUCACGAGGUAUUUGUUUUUUGACUGAAUUUGAUGCAUCUUUCUUUUGCUUGUUAUGGUUAAAGGCAAAGUCAAAGGGCAGUUUUAAUUAGUAAAGUAAUCUUGGUUUUAAUUGCUGGAGCUAGAUGCAUUUAGAAGUUACCUUAUAACAUUAUACAUGCUGCCCGGCGCAUAUGCGCAUAUGCCAUAACACGAUGGUGGUCACAUUUUGUCGAGAAUCACGUCCUUCUAUUGAACAUGCGAAUUCAGAAAAGAGUUUAACAGCCAGCAGUAUCAAAAGAUCACCUAAAAACUCGCGAAAAUGAAAUACUUGGCCGCUAUAGACAGAAUGGCACCACACAAUCGACCUACUGCUGGCAGAAAGGCCAAAUAUUUGAAGAGAACCUCGCGGUCACUUCCAGCUCAUAAAAAGUCAUUUCAUCGGGAGCGUGCUCACACCUUGUUAUCAAGACGCACAGGUGGCCCGAAUGCGCAACGGGGUCGAAGACCGGCCUCGAAGCAGCAGCUAUCUCCACCGGAGACAGGUCCGAGCCCCAGUCCUGACUCUGAUGGCACAGCGGAGCUGAUGGACAUGCUGAACAGCCCUGCCGAGGUCUGGCUACACGGAGUGACACUGGUCGGCGACCUGUCGCCAUCCGUCGCCGCAUGCGCACUGUGCGGAGCCGAUCCGGACACUGAGCUGCUCUCCUGCCGCGGCUGCGGGAGUCAGUACCAUCUGUACUGUGUCGAGGAGCGGGACGUGCCGUGUUCCGAAGAAGCUCAGCUCGACUGGCGAUGUCGUCUCUGUCUGUCUGCGUCAGUUGGUUCUGCUCCCACGAAACAUUCGCCGGCAGAGCCCACUGAGGUACAGGACUGGCCGGAAAUCGCAACCUCUCCCGUUCCUUUGGCGGCGUUGGAGCCUGUGAAGGCCGUAUUCUCUGCUCCAUCAUCUCCUACCGUGCUGGCGUCUCUGCACCCUCUCCUGGAGUCCUGGUCGUGCAAUACAUCAGACAACAGUUAUCCCUCCAGCUCCUUCAGUCCAGAACCGCCCCAGGCUAGUACCGGGACAACGACACGGCCUGGUGACAAACCACCACUUGCAGCCUCCCUCACCACCGUGCUCAGUUUUACCAUGGAAGAGCUUGUGACCGGAUGUGCCAGAAGUGCUGCCCAGACGGUACAGGAUCGGUUGGACGGCGUACAGGCGGUCGAUCAGAUUCGGGACCUUGUAGAGGAAACCAGCUAUGUCCUACCCAGCCCAUCCAGCCCACUGUCAGAGGAGAAAGAAGGGUUUAGGGGCUUCGCAAAGGAGGAGGUUCAUCAAUCAAUACCCGUCGAAGAAAUCUGCUCGCGAAAUAGGCACAGUGGUUUCGAAGGCUCAAAGCACCUAAAGCGCAGAGGACGACAACGUAAGAAAAGGACCAUAAAAUUAAGCGCGUCCUACAACUUGCGGCAGCCUGACGAGAGAAAAUCAUACAAGCAAACAAGACUUUACAGGAAGAUGAAAGAAAAGCCUUCAGAAGUGAAGAAAAAAGAGCAAGCCGCUAGCGCUACGGGUCCGGGUUCAGACCUCCGGCCGCUCGCUGAUGACACCGGUGCUCGUCCCGCCGUAUACACGGUGCCGCUGCAGCUGCAGCUGCUGGACGCAGCUGCCGCUCUGGCGCUGCUGCGGGGACCGCCGCCGCCAAGUCCUGAUACCACCGAGGCUGCCCAGCUCGGCUACCGCACCGGCGUCACCCGGCAGCGGCCCAGCCGGGACCUUCUGACACGUCUGCGGCGCACGGUGCAAAAAGAACUGGACCUACUGGGCUACCCUGCGGCAGCCCCGCCCGCGCGCCGCCGGUCGGUACCGCCGCUCCGAGCCAUGCCCGACUGCAUGCUGGAGGAGGAGUGGCAGGCAUGGAGACGCAUCAUGCCGCCGCGCCGGGGCCGGCCCAGAAAAUUCCCCAGAUCCGACGACCUCACCUGGAUCCGGCAGAUGAAACAGCUUGGCGUCGAGGUCAAUGCGGACGGAUGUGGGAGCAACGAGUCUGGCGCCGCCCACAUGGCGUAUCGACGGACUCGGACCAGGAAGACUAGCGCGCAGCGCGCCACACGGGUCGGGGCCGGACGACCACGUCAGCCGGCCAUCAGACGGACUGCACCCGGGGGUAAGGUGCACCGGCUCGGCGGAGCUGUGACUGGCAGCCACCUGGCUGGCAGACAGGGACGGCGGAGGCUCCCGAGAGCCCUCCGGCUCGUCCGUCGGCAGAGCAGCGGCCGCGUCCCGCCGGCUCAGAGUCAACCUCUAAACCCGCUUCACUGAGUGCCGAGCUAAAGAAGCUGCCUUGAGAGCUCCGCCAGAGCACGGCUGGCGUUUGACGGAUGGACCAUGUGCGAUUGAGUGGCUCAGGAUCAUCCGAGGUUCUGCCUGUGCUGGGGUGUUGAUUAUGAUGUUGAAGCGUUUCCAUGUAGAUAUAUAACACUGAUAAGAAUCGUGUCAUCAUGUCCGGGACUAUUUACAAUGUUAAUUUUGCAUGUAACAGUUAUCAGUUACACGAAGUGUAUUGCAUUUAUAUUCCAAAUAAACAUACUCAAGCCGCAACUUAGCGAAA